CAAGGUCCUUCCUCCACGAACACUACCCGUUCGUAUUCCUGUACCAUUAGCGUAUGCUUUUAACCCCCCCCCCCCCCCCUCGCAACGCGACAAUAUAACUUGCGACACGCUACCAUGAACACUCUAGAAGCAUUGGUCGUGCUUCUUUGUCUGGUCUUCUUUGCGCCUUCACAACCAUGCGUCAGCGCUGUUAAUGAGACUUUUCGAUUCGGCAUUCUGCCGAAGAGCCUAGAUAAUCCUUUCUUCGACCCCGUCCGGACAGGUUGUGAAGCUCGAGCGGAUGUUUACGGAAACGUAGUAUGCGUAUGGAUUGGGCCAGAGCAGGAAGAGCCGACGGGUGCCGCCCAAGUAGAAUGGAUUGACCGAAUGAUAGAUCAAAGGCUCGCCGGCGACCCUGAGGCGCUCGACGGACUUGCCAUUUCGGUUGUAAACGAGGAGUCCGUGAAGGAGCCAAUUCGAAGAGCGCUUGACUCGGGAAUGUCGGUUAUUUGUUUUGACAGCGAUGCGGCUAACUCGGAUCGUCAAGCAUACGUUGGAACCGAUAACGUCGCGUUUGGUGAGCAGCUCGGAAAGGUUUUGUUGCAACUCCAACCCACCGGUGGGAUGUUCGCACUGGUUUCCAUCCAAACGCCAAAUUUGGAGCUGCGAGUUCGCGGUAUACGAUCCGCACUAUUAGGCUCUACCUGGACAGAACCUCCCGACUCCAUUUUGUACGAAGAAGCGGGCAACAUAACGCUAACACUUCAGAAUAUGAGGGAUUUGAAGGUGGCAAAUCCGGACCUUGGAGCAAUCAUUCCGCUCUACGGAACUGUUAUGCAGUACGAAGACCUUUGGAUAAAAUACGUUGAUAGUCACCGAGACCUCACGCACGUUAUAGCCGACGCUGGAUCGAACCAAAUAUCCCUAUUGGAACGCGGCUUCGCUGAUGGUUUAGUAGGACAACUACCGUACCAAUCUGGGGAGGUGUGCAUCGACACCCUCUUAAAUCUACGUCGGGAAUCGGGUGGAAAACCUUCUGCGCACAGAAAUAGCUCAGACCUGGUUUUCGGGACCAAUUUGUCUUUGCUGCUGCGAAUACCAUUGAUUCUACCCACACUGACUGUCGACCAGAACUUUGUUGGAAAUUAUCGCAUCCUCGGCUACGUCUUAUUCUGCAUCCUUGCUUCGCUUUCGAUUGUCGUCAUGGCAUGGGUGUUGAUGAAACGGAAGACAUACAUAGUUCGGGCUUCUCAGCCCAUUUUUCUCAUUGUGGUUGCUGUUGGUGCACUAAUUAUGAGUUCCUCGAUAAUUCCAAUUGGCUUCGACAACGAGAAUUACAGUGUUGGUGCCUGUUCGGCAGCUUGUAUCGCCACCCCUUGGUUGCUCUCUAUAGGCUUUUCCACCGUUUUCUCGGCGCUCUUUAGCAAGCUGUGGCGAAUCAAUCGGGUGGUGGAGUCAGCUCAGAGGUUCAACAAGCAAGUUGUGACGGUGCGGGACGUCAUUUUACCGUUCUGUCUUCUGAUGGUAGCCAAUUUGAUCAUACUGAUUUGCUGGACGGUUGUUGCGCCGUUGGAAUACGUACGACGAGACGAUCUCGGAACUGAUCCUUGGAACCGCGUCAUAUCAAGCUAUGGGACCUGCAUGACUAGGGAAGGCCAGCGCUCUGUACCGUUUGUGUCAGCGCUGGUUGCUGUCAACCUGGGAGCUCUCUUGUUUGCGAACAUUCAAGCUUACAAGGCCCGGAGUAUUCAGAGCGAAUUUAGUGAGUCGAAGUACAUUGCUUUAGUGGUAGCGGGAAUGAUGCAAGUGAGUCUUGUUGGCUUGCCAGUGUUGCUUCUGACAGUCGACAAUCCUCCCGUGUACUACCUACUUCGAAUUCUGUUGGUCUUUGUGAUUACUCUGGCGAUAAUCGGACUUAUCUUUGUUCCAAAAAUGCUUCAUAAACCGAAAGAGAACGGACGGCAGGUCGUUGUCUCGCAUGGUACACCUUCUCAAACCGUGGCGACGAUGGUAUAAUGGACUCUCAUUAUUCACAGUCAGAUUGGAAAGCAUUGCCUAAAGGCAGUGUAGAGGAAUCUUCCGGGGUGACCAGUAUUGCGUCAAUAAGGGCAGCGGCUGCCCAAGCUCAGGAGCAGCCCUCCUAGAAU